UUGUCUUUCUGCAAAGAGACUCGAGUUCUUUUUGCAUUUUCUUGCAGACUUGAUCUCGCUUCUUCCUUAGCUUCUUCUUCCGUACAUAGUGGUGUUGCUAGAAUAGUGCGGCAACUAUUCACUCCAAAAAAAGGUGAAGAACCUAAAGAGCUGCAGGGACAGAUUCUUGAAAAGUUGAGCGGUUGUGCUUCAUCAGAAGAAACUAUCAGUAAUGAUGUGCAUGCCAUUCUUGAAAAGAUUCUCGAUAAAGAAGAGGAGGCACUAUCCAAAAAACAAGCAGCGGAAUUUAUGAGUUGGCAUAAGCGGCGGCAAGAUCUUAUUACUGCGCAGGCAGAUCGUCUUCUAUUGAAGAUUCGCGCUGAGGAGAUCGCAAAGGAGUUAGGAGAUUUGGAGCAUGAGACUGAGAAACUCACGUUCUUCGAUAAUCGAUUGAAAUGGGAGAAGAAAGCGGCGCAGAAUGCAGAAAUCAUACAGCAAACACCUGGAAACAAAAGUGAAGAGGCGGCCCUUUAA